UGACAAAUCAACAAAAUCAACUGUUUGCAUCAACUGUUCGUGCCUAAGCAAGUAAGCUUGGGGUGCUCCAAAUCAAUAGUUUUCCCUGGACUUGCUUGAUGGAGUUUUGAAUGGUGAAGUUGUUUUAGUGAUUUGCCAUCGAUUGUAACUAUCUCGAUUCGGAUCUUGCCACCGGUGCUCCUCUCGGAAGUGAUAUAGAAAACAGCCAAAUUGGUGAAAUGGGGCUAACCGUGAAUCAGGUUUUUCCGAUCGCGAUCGGUGUGGUAGUGGUCGUUGUCGGUGCAGCGAUCGCCAACUAUCUGCUGAACAACAAGAAGGACAAAUCGUCCUCUUCGAGCGCCAAGAAAGGCGAUAGUUCCAAGGAGCCAAAAACGCUGCUCGACCCGCAGGAGAAGUAUAUGCUGCCACUGAUCGAAAAGGAAGAAAUUUCACACGACACUCGGCGCUUCCGGUUCGGGCUGCCGAGCGAGAAGCACAUUCUGGGCCUUCCGAUCGGACAGCAUAUUCAUCUGUCCGCCACCAUCAACGAUGAGCUGGUGAUUCGCGCCUACACACCGGUCUCGUGCGAUGACGAUCACGGUUUUGUUGAUUUGGUCGUGAAGGUUUACAAGAAGAACGUACACCCGAAGUUUCCCGAUGGUGGUAAAAUGUCCCAGUAUCUGGAGGGAAUGCAGAUCGGCGACAAGAUUGCCUUCCGCGGACCAUCUGGUCGCCUGCAGUAUCUCGGUAAUGGACGAUUCUCGAUCAAGAAGCUACGAAAGGAUCCAGCACAAAUCUAUGAUGCGGAGCAAGUUAGUUUGAUUGCCGGAGGAACUGGAAUUACUCCGAUGCUCCAGCUGAUCCGUGAAGUGCUGAAACAUUCCGAUAAAGAUAAGACGAAAUUGUCUCUCAUUUUUGCCAAUCAGACCGAAGACGACAUUUUGCUGAAACCGGAGUUGGAUGAUCUCGCCGCACGGUAUCCGGAUCAAUUUAAGCUCUGGUACACACUGGAUCGUCCGAAACCAGAAUGGACUCAGGGCAAAGGUUUCGUAUCGGACGAGAUGAUAACCGCUCAGCUUUUCCCUCCAUCCCCAUCAUCGUUGGUGCUCAUGUGCGGACCACCACCGAUGGUAAACUAUGCCUGUAUUCCGGCUCUCGAAAAACUUGGUUUUCCGAUGGAGCGUACAUUUGCCUACUAGGCAAAACUAACAAUCACAACCCAAAUUGGUGGUUUCAUGGCUGCCGAGAGCAAUCCGAGAUGCUGCCAGAAUCGUACGGGAACGAGUGGAACGUUUAGAUUAACUAUUAGAAAGUGUUGAAUGUAGUUUGGUAGCAUUUCCUUGCGAUGACAAAACAAAACAAAAAACGAAAAAGACUAACCGUGUAUCCUGUGGAUCCUAUGUAUUACACAGCGCACCGAGGGCGUAUCAUAAGUGAUUCUUCAGAAUAUUUACCAAGCUAUGCAAAAAAAAUAGGUUCCGCCAAGAGCUUUACAAUACGGCAGUCUAGC